ACCACUUGCCCUCGACCCACGAUCUCGCGCUCUCUGCUUAAAUCCCAUAGGCCAUGUCGCUAGAAACGCCUUGGCUUCCCGCGAGCGGCAGACACAGCGUCUCCGUAGGCAACUCGCUUGCGAAAGCGCUGCAAGCGCGCAAGCACCGCACCGGCCCACCACCCCCCUCCAAGUUUGACAAGUUCUGGUACAGCGUGCGAUACAACCAUAAACCCUCAUCUAUCGACACCAGCAAGGCGGGGCAUGUCGUGCGUCACUCGGAGAACAGGGACUUUCCAGUGACGUUGCAGCAGCCGUCUAAGGACGGCAAAACUCUAGAAUGGCAAGGCCAGGAAGCGAACCCGGCCGAAUGGACAUGUGUCCUCAUUUACGACUCUGCGACUCAAAGCUACGUGCUUGAGAAGGUCGAGAGUAGUCUGAGCAUGACCUACGUGCGGCGAACCGGGGCGGGCGAUGCUGCCCCCGAUCCCACCCCUAGCGAUGAUCUCGCUGGCGCGCUCGAAGAUGCCCUUCGGGAACAAGAAUCCUCUGAGGAGGGCGAGAUACCCCUUCAUGAAAUUCACUCUCCGAAAGGAAAGUCCAAGCAGGCGAAGCCCAAGCCGAAACCUUUUACGAAGCCCAAGCUAUCUCAGCCCGCUCCCGAAACGCCCUCGACUUCCACCGCGUCCUCAUCCUCCGCCAAGGGCAAGCUCAAGCGCGAGUCACCGCCGCCAUCUAGUAACGAACCUUCUGCAUCUGCAGCGCGCCCGGCGAAACGCGCGCGGCCCUCGCCACCGCCGGUCAAGCGCAAGUCGCAGCCGGUGCCGCAAAAGAAGGCAUCGCCUGAGCCUGCAGAGCUGAUGUUUCCGACGGCAAAUAAUGCCAUUACGCUACCUGGCGCCAGUGGUCACGUACCUACACCGCCUCCUGUGUCUAUGCCUACGCCUCGCGAACCUUCGCCCGUGGCUACGCCGACGAUGGAUCUCACUGGUGGGCAAGAUUCGGAUGAGGGAGAGGAUGAUUGGGAAGAAGUGGCUUCGCCGCAGCUGGCCGAGGAGCCUGCCGCCCCGGUUGACUUCCUUGGUCUGGAGAUGGAGGAGAUCGACGGGAAUGAUAUGCCGGGCGGAGAGGUCGAUAAUGACCUGGAGCGCGAGCUUGAGAACGAGCUUGGGGGAGGGGAAGCCGGCGAUGGCGAGGACGACGAGGAAGACGAUGAUAUGGUGGACGUGUUCGAGGAGGAGCUGCAUAAACAGCUCGAUGACGGGCUGGGGAGCGGGGAUAUGGUGGGUGCAGACGACUAUCAGGAGGACGAUGACUUCCUGGCGCAGUCGAUGGAGCCGCCACCAUCGCCUAACAAUGGUGCGCCGAAGUCGCUGCAGGAGCUCGCGGGAGCGGGAAGCUUCGAGUAUGAAGAUGACUCGUCAUCGAGCGACGAGGACGAUGACGAGUGAGAUUAUACCUGCGUUGUGUUCCCUGGAACUUCUGUGGUCAAUUUUCGGCUGGAUAUUUUUUGUACUAUACCAUUUUGUGAAAUUGGAUCGUGGGUUCGACGCUUCA